CAAUUCUAGUUGGCUGCGCUGUUUGACGCACUGAGCAAACCCGUGUUUUAUUAUUAGUACCAGGAAUUAACAGCCGACACGGGCCUUGUGGCAGCAUUGCCCAGGACCACUGACUAAAGAUGGAUAAUGAGCCUGCAGGAUCACCUAAACCAAGCUCCAUUGCUGGAGGUGGAGGGUUUGGCAGUUUAUUCAGAUCAUCAGGUCCAGCGUAUUCAAAUUCUGAGCUUGCUGGUGUGCCGUUGACAGGGAUGAGCCCUUUCUCGCCAUAUCUAAAUGUGGACCCCAAAUAUCUCAUUCAGGAUGCAGAUGAAUUUAUUUUGCCCAGUGGUGCCAACAAGACCAGAGGCCGCUUGGAGUUGGCCUUCUUCACAAUUGGAACAUGCUGUAUGACUGGUGCACUGUUUGGAGCAGCUAAUGGGUUUCGAUUGGGACUGUAUGAAACAAGGAAUAUGACCUGGUCUAAACCUCGCAAUGUACAAAUUCUAAACCUUGUGACCCGACAGGGUGCUACAUGGGCAAACACCCUGGGUUCACUGGCUCUACUGUACAGUACGUUUGGUGUGAUCAUUGAGAAGGCCAGAGGUGCAGAGGAUGAUCUCAACACUGUAGCUGCUGGUACUAUGACUGGUCUCCUCUAUAAGUCCCCAGGGGGUUUGCGUGUAGCACUGCGAGGAGGUGUGGUCGGCUUAGCAUUAUCAGGGCUGUACGCCUUGUACAGCAACUGGAACCAUCUAAAAGGCAGCUCAUCCACCCACUUCUAAGAUGAAGAGACAAGAGAAGACAUUCAGCACUAAUUAAUGUUUACUACCACAAGAGUUCAUUCCAUGAAGGGGUUAUGGCUUUACACUACAAAACUACAACAUGCUGUUGAUUUAAAAACAGCUGUUUUGCCUGUAAUUUGUGGUUAAUGUGGUUUCUACUUAAUUUGAUGUAUUUUGUUAUGUACAGUGGUGUUCAAAAAAACAGCAGUGAUUUAAAAAAAGUGAAUAAAGCACAAAAUCAUUAUAAUAACUUUUAUUUCCAUAAAUGCAAAUGCACUGAAAAUACUACACCUUCAAUUCUAAAUCAAAACAUUAACAACAUUUAGCCAGUUUGUGUGAAAAUGAAAUGAAUGAAAAAUGAAUAUUAGGCUGUUCAAAAUAAUAGCAGUGCCAGCAUUUUUCUUUAAAAACUCAAAAAAUGAUCUAUAAACUGAAAAAAAUGUUUGAAGUUUCACUUUACUUUAAAUUACUGAACUAAUAUUUAGUGGCAUAACAAUUGUUUCCGAGAUCUGUGUUGCAUGGAGUCGACCAACUUCUGGCACGUCUGACCAGGUAUUCCAGUCCAGGAUGAUUAGACUACAUUCCACAGUCCUUCUGCAAUUUUUGGGUUUUGCCUCAAAAAAACGUGUUUCAGAUAUCAGAACACAAGUUCUCUCUGGGAUUGAGGUCAGGGGAUUGUGCUGGUCACUCUAUUACCUCAAUCUUGUUUGUCUGUAACCAGGAUGGUUUGGGUCAUUGUCAUGUUGAAACACCCAUUUUAAGGACAUUUUUUCUUCGACAUAGGGCAACAUGAUCUCAAGUAUUCUGAUAUAUUUAAAUUAGGGCUGUCAAACGAUAAAAAAUUUUAAUCGCGAUUAAUCUCAGAAUUUCAUAUAGUUAAUCGCGAUUAAUCGCAUAAAAAAAAAUCUGUGUAAAUGUUAUAGAAAACAAAGAUUUUUAUGUGAAAUGUUACAAUUAAAAUGGUGAACACAUUUUAUGCUAAAUGUACUGAUGUUAAAAACUGCUGGGACAAGAGAAAACUGUAAGGGAGUUUUAUUCACUCACAUACUAGGCAGUAAAUGUCAGAUUGUAGUUUAGAAUUUCUCCAUCAGCAAACAUUGUAGAUCAGCGGUGCUUUAGGUGGGAUAAGGCGUAGUUAUUGUAACAGACUUUUCUGUGGUUGUAUUGUGACAAUGGUUUGAUGGCCGUUUCUACACGAAGUGAGUGUGUUUUGACCCUUUGGGGCUUCCAUAGUGCAUGGACUAACGUGCUUGACUCAGCUUUCCGGUAUUUGGUACCUUAACAGAAUAAGUUAAUAAA